GCACUUUGGUCCUCCGUCAACCCUUGGCGGCAAAAGCUUCCAUUCCAAUUCCAGAUCCUCCGCAGAUCUCCUCCUCCAUGGAAGCAGCAGGUCGAAAGAGAAGAAAAGUGUGUCCCACAAUGGAGGAGAAGGCGCAGAAGAAAACCGCAACAGAGGCAAGCAGAGCAGCGGAGGAAGAGAAGGUGAAGAAGCGAACAGCUGUAAAGGCAUCGGCACGGCAGUGCCAUCGAGAGGGGAUGGAAUCUGGCAGCACACUCGGAGACAUAGAGGACUUCUCCGCAGACGAGGCCCAGCGGAUCCGGGCCGCCCUCCUCCGCUGGUAUGACGUGCACCGCCGUGUCUUGCCGUGGCGGACGGCGAGCAGCGGCGGCAUCCGCGGGAACGGGGAGGAGGGAAAGGAGGUGGAUCAGGAAAGGGCUUACGCUGUCUGGGUGUCGGAGGUGAUGCUGCAGCAGACCAGGGUGCAAACCGUCAUCGCUUACUACAAUCGCUGGAUGGAUAAGUGGCCGACGGUCCACCACCUCGCGUCCGCGUCCCAAGAGGACGUGAAUGAAGUGUGGGCUGGUUUGGGUUACUAUCGAAGGGCCCGUUUUCUCUUGGAGGGCGCUAAGUCGAUUGUCCAAGGAGAGUUUCCUCGAACAGCUUCUGAGCUUCGGAAGGUUCGAGGAAUUGGGGAUUACACCGCAGGAGCCAUUGCUUCUAUAGCUUUCAAUGAGGCAGUGCCUGCCGUUGAUGGAAAUGUUGUCAGGGUGAUCAGUAGGCUGAAGGCUAUCUCUGCUAACCCAAAAAAUUCAACAACAGUGAAGGGAAUCUGGAAGCUAGCUUCGCAGUUGGUUGAUCCCUUAAGACCUGGAGAUUUCAAUCAAGCUAUGAUGGAACUAGGGGCAACCUUGUGUAGCACUACGACCCCAGGUUGUUCAGCAUGCCCAAUUUCAGAGGCCUGUCUUGCACUUUCACUCUCCAGAAGUAGUGGAUCAACUGAUGUCACUGAUUAUCCAUCAAAGGUAGCAAAGACAAAACAGCGUCAUGAUUUUGCUGCUGUUUGUGUUGUUCAAUUAACUGAAGGAUCGGAUGAAGAAUCUUUAAGAGGUAGGAAUAACAAUGACGUGUUACUUUUGGUUAAAAGGCCAGAGGAAGGAUUGCUUGCUGGCCUUUGGGAGUUCCCAACUGUCCUGCUGGAUGAAGAAGUAAUAGAUGUUGGCACAAGGAGAAAAAUUGUAGACAAGUAUCUGAAGGAGUUGUUUCAUAUCAAUUUAAAAGAGAUCUGCAAUGUGAUCUUGAGAGAAGAUGUAGGGAAGUAUGUUCAUAUAUUUUCUCACAUCCGGCUCCAUAUGCAUGUUGAACUUUUGAUUUUGAAACUGGAAGGUGACUUAAGACAAUUUUCUGAAAAUAUCCAAUGCACAAGUGCUUGGAAGUGUGUAGAUGGCAAGUCCAUGAAGAAUAUGGGAUUGACAUCUGGAGUACGAAAGGUUUAUAGUAUGAUUCAAGAUUAUAAGAAGCAGCAGCUGUUACAAUGUCCGAUGCUGUCACUGAGGAAGAAAUGCAAAAGUUCAAUAUAAUGGGAUCGAUCAGCUAACAUAUAUGUCGUCAAACUGUUCGAGGCUUCUUAGUUUUUUUCUGACUAGUGCACUGUCUCACAGUUUACUUGAUUGAUGUGGUAAGCUAUCCUGGUCAUUCUCCUUCACAUCUGUACAUCUGAUCCUGAAAUUUUUGUACAAGUAUAUUAUCUUACACAAUGUAUGAUUGUGUAGAAUUUUCAAUCAUAUGCAAACUAUGUGAUCUGAUUGAGCAGAUACUUGUCAA